CUUAACCAGCAGCGAUCGAUGCGGCCCCGGCGCGGGCUGCCCUUCCCCUCCCACUCCCCCUUCCCCUCCUUGCUGCCCGGUCGGGGGGAGGGGGGGGGGAUUUACGCAGCGGCCCGAGAGUCCAUUAAGAAGGCGAGCUUGGCUUCCCCGCUUGGGGAGGCGGGGCUCAAGCUCAGCUCAACCCAGGGAAAAGGCUGAAGCAGCCCCAGCCAGAGCGCACAAGGAGGCGCCGGGCAUCCCAUCUCCCCUUUGCAAAGUCGGGGUGCCCUCACCCCGCGGAAAGCACACAGUAAGCAGGACGGCCAGGGUGCGGUGUAAGCGGCUUGGAACCGGCCAAAGGAGAGGGCACUGCACGCUGCUUUGGGGAAGUUCCCAAUGUCAAGGGCGAGGCAGUGAGGCGCGUGCUCCGGUUUGGACAGCGGCGCACGCGGCGGCACAGUGGCAGGGGACACCAUGGUCAGCGAAUCUCCCGGAGGCCUCUGGAGGCCGGGGCUGCCCGGGGGGGCGCUCAACGUGAACGUGGGCGGCGUGCGGCGGCGGCUGAGCCCGCGGGCGCUGGCGCAGUUCCCCGACACGCGGCUGGGCCGCCUGCAGGCCGCGGCCUCGGAGGAGCAGGCCCGUCAGCUGUGCGACGACUACGACCCCAGCAAGCGCGAGUUCUACUUUGACCGGCACCCGGGCUUCUUCCUGUGCCUGCUGCAUUUCUACCGCACGGGCAGGCUGCACGUGCUGGAGGAGCUGUGCGUUUUCGCCUUCGGCCAGGAGGCCGAGUACUGGGGGUUGGGCGACUGCUUCCUGGCCGCCUGCUGCAGCGGCCGCUACCACGAGCGGCGCCUCGAGCGCCACCGGCGCAGCUGGGACGAGGAAAGCGACGUGAGCAGCGUGGACACGUCCCCCGACGAGAUCUCCGACUUCAACCAGGACUUGCAGCGCUACCGCGCAGUGCGCUGCGGUCAGCUGCGAAAGCGCCUCUGGCUGACCAUGGAGAACCCGGGCUACUCCCUGCCCAGCAAGCUUUUCAGCUGCGUCUCCAUCGGCGUCGUGCUCGUCUCAAUCGCGGCCAUGUGCAUCCACAGCCUGCCCGAAUACCGGGACCAAGAUGAGGACGUGGCAGUGGCCCACCCGCUCUUGUUGCGACUCGAAUACUUCUGCAUCGCCUGGUUUAGCUUCGAGGUGGCCUCCCGCCUGCUGCUGGCUCCAAGCCUGCCCCGCUUCUUCCGGCAUCCGCUCAACCUCAUCGAUAUCGUGUCCGUGCUGCCCUUCUACCUCACGCUGCUUGUGAGUGUCAUGCUGGGCCGCUCCUCCAAGCUGGGCAGCAUGAGCAAAGUGGUGCAGGUCUUCAGGCUCAUGCGCAUCUUUCGGGUGCUCAAACUGGCCCGCCACUCCACCGGACUUCGCUCCCUAGGGGCUACACUCAAGCAUAGCUACCGGGAGGUGGGCAUCCUGCUGCUGUACCUGGCUGUGGGAGUGUCCGUAUUUUCUGGUGUGGCCUAUACGGCUGAAAAGGAAGAAGAUGUGGGUUUUGACACGAUCCCGGCCUGCUGGUGGUGGGGCACGGUGAGCAUGACGACAGUGGGCUACGGGGACGUGGUGCCUGUGACUGUGGCGGGCAAGCUGGCUGCCUCUGGCUGCAUCCUAGGUGGCAUCCUAGUGGUGGCCCUGCCUAUCACCAUCAUCUUCAACAAAUUCUCCCACUUCUACCGACGCCAGAAGGCCCUGGAGGCGGCCGUGAGGAACAGUGACCAGCGUGAGCCCAGCCUUUCUGUGGACGCCUCCAGCACUGAGGAUGGGGCAUCUCAGGCUUCAAAUGAGGCAUCUCGGGAAGGGGACUUCCCAGAGCCUAGGUCCCGAGCCUCAGAUGUGGCCCCUAUGCCAUAGAUUAUAGAUCACAGGAUUUGGAGUUGGAAGGGACCUUGGGGACCAUCCAGUCUUCAUUUACAGAUGAGGAGACUCAGGUCCGGGGGGUUGGUGGGGGGGGAGUUUAAAUGAUUUGCCCUGGCAAACAGCAGAGCCAGGAUUUGAAUUCCAGGUUUUCUGAUUAGCUUCAUUCAUUUUUCUUUCUGCUUUUCCCUAUUGCUUUUUCAAGUCUGUUAAAAUCAGGGCCCAAGACACACGGAUGUGUCUUUUCUACCCCUCCUCCCCCCACUACCCACACCCACUUGGCUAAAAGUGGCCAAAAGCUGAGAGCAUGGAGAUAUCCCUUCCCAAGUGAUCCUGGAGGCCUAGAGUGGGAAGGGAUCAUAUCCUUCAUCACCUAAGGGGCAUUUGUGGGCAAGGUAUCAAGCCUAGAAUCAGAGAAGGAAGAGCAGGGAUCCUGCUUCAAUGGGACCAAGGUUGGAUGAACCCCCAUUUCCUUUUUAGAAGUCCAUAGAGAGGGGGCAGCUAGGUGGCACUGUGGAUAGAGCACUGGCCCUGGAGUCAGGAGGACCUGAGUUCAAAUCUAGCCUCAGACACUUAACACUUACUAGCUGUGUGACCCUGGGCAAGUCACUUAACCCCUAUUGCCUCACAUAAAAAAAAAAAAAAAGAAGUCCAUAGAGGCCUCCAACUGCUUCCCAGAAUAGCUUUCACAACAGUGUCCAGAAAGGACAGGCAAGUAUAGAGGAGCCAUUUUAUGGGCUGAACACUAGAGUGGAAAUACCCACAAUAACAGGGUAGACUGUGGGAAAGUGGUCUUCGUUUCUGAGCCUAAAAGCAUCAGGCUUCAUGGGAAUCAUCCUGGGGCAGGAUUGCUUUCCUUUGAUCCCAUGAGUAUGCAGAGGAUGGCAACUAGGAUGGUGAAUGGCCAUUACAUAUUGAAGGAACUGGUGAUAUUUAACCUGGAGAAGAGACCUGGGCAGGGAGAGGAUACCUGUGUUUGAAGGGCUGUCCUAUGGAAAAGGAAUAGACUUGUUCUGUUUGGCCCUAGAGAGCAGAACUAGGAGCGGUGGGUGGCAGUUGCAAAAGAGGCAGCCUUGUCUGUUUGAAGGAAGAACUUCCUAGCUGGCAGAGGUGGGAUGGGCUGCUAUUGUUGCCCCCUCUUUGGAGGGCUUCCAGAAGUAAAAGAGCUACUUGGUCCAGUGGCAGUGGGAAUUUCUUCUUCAGUAUGAGUUGGACUGUGGUCUUAGCUACAGCUGCUGGGGUCUCCCCAGCUCUGCGAGCCCUGGGCCCCACAGGGGCAGGAUUCUAGGCUUUUCAUUUUCAGGCUCAGUGUGGUUCUGUAUAGGAUUCCCUUCUCACUCCCUAGGUGUCCUCAAUGACCUGAAGCAUCCCCCCAGUUCUUGGGUUGAGCUGAGUCGGCCCUUCUAAAGGUAGGCCCUGUGUCUCCUCUGUCCUCCGCUUGGCUAAGCUUCACAUUUGUGCACAUCCUUCCCCACCCAGUCACACGCUUACUCAGACUUCCCUGAGCUCCUCCACAAGGCUUGGUUGCUCCCAGUGAGCUCUUGCACACUCUCUUCUGGGACAGCACUGCGGGUGCCUAACCAAUCAGGCCCUGCCCAGUUUGAGAGCUCCAGAUUAUAGCAGCUGAAAUGAGAAGCUUCACGGAGUGAGUGGAAAGGGCACUAGACUUGAAAUGAGGGG